CAGGACGAUCUGAGGAAACGGCGGGAGGCGCGCGCUCAUUUGUGGCUGCAUCUCACUGUGGCGGGAGUCAAAACGCAACCUUUUAACGGUUUUAACGGUUUCCCCCCAAAGGCUGUAACGGAGGUACGUCAGAAGUGUGGUACGGAGUACUUUUCCAAACAUGGGAUUCCACAACUGCAUCGGAUUUUUCCUCCUCGGCACGUUGAGCGUAUUAACUUCUGUGUUAUCUGCGAGUAACUAUUACUGUGAAGAACCGCUGGUGGCAUCACUACCCCCAACUUCUUUCCAGAGCUCAUCAAAAUCCUCUGACAAAGCGGCACCAUACUUUGCUAAACUCAACAGACGAGACGGUGGUGGGGGUUGGUCUCCGAAUCGAGAAGACCGCCAACCCUGGCUACAGUUGGACCUACGGGAUAGGUUGAAGGUCACAGCCAUUGCUACCCAAGGUCGCUGGGGAAGCUAUGAUUGGGUGUCUCGAUACCAGCUUCAGUAUAGUGAUUCUGGUCGGACCUGGAGGCCAUACAGACAAGAGGAUGUGAUAUGGACAUUCACAGGGAAUACUGAUGCAGACACGGUGGUCCAACACAAACUCCCACACUCAAUCAGGACUCGAUAUUUGCGGCUUCCACCCCUUGAGAAAAGCCCCAAAGGAGAAGCAGGUCUAAGGCUGGAAGUCUUUGGCUGCACAUACAAGUCUGAUGUGGCUGACUUCGAUGGUCGCAGCGCCUUGCUAUACCGGUUCAACCAGAAGUCCACCAGCACCGUGAAAGACGUGAUAUCGCUGAGAUUUAGGAGUCAUCAGGCUGAAGGGGUUCUGGUUCACGGAGAGGGACAGAGAGGAGAUUUCCUCACUCUGGAACUUCAGAGAGGAAGACUCCUUUUGCAUCUCAAUUUAGAUGAUGCCAAGCUUCAGUCUAGCGGUCGGUCAGCCUCACUCAUGUUAGGAAGCCUGCUGGAUGACCACCAUUGGCAUUCUGUUCAGAUUGAGCGCUUCAACAAACAUGUGAACUUCACCGUGGAUGGACACACACAACAUUUCCGCAGUCCGGGCCAAGAGGACACACUGGAGAUAGAUUAUGAGCUCAGCUUUGGAGGAAUUCCUUUGCCCGGUAAGCCUGGGACGUUUCUCCAUGAAAAUUUCCAUGGCUGCAUAGAGAACCUCAACUACAAUGGCGUCAAUGUCAUCGACAUGGCUAAGAGACGUAAGCCACAGAUCUAUACAGUGGGGAAUGUGACGUUCUCCUGCUCUGAGAGUGCCUCUGUCACUGUGACGUUCCUCAGUUCUUCAGGCAGCUUCUUGGCGCUCCCAGUGGAAUACAGAACAGAGGAUCUGUCCAUACGUCUCCAGUUUCGAACAUGGAACCAGGAAGGGCUGCUAUUCUCAGUCCAGCUCUCUCGUGAUCCAGACCUUGUUAACCUGCUUCUGCAGCUUAGACAGGCUCGACUGCUCCUCACCCUCUCUAGAGAACAACUUCACUCUGCUCAGGUUUUCAGCGGUCAGAAUUUGAGUGAUGGACAGUGGCACUCCGUUGUGGUCCAGGUCAAGAGUCAGAAGCUGUCUUUAAAUGUCGACAACCAAAAGCCAGUUACUUUGGAAACCCGUGGCCUUAGCAACAGUGUUCAAAAAACAACCAUCUAUUUUGGAGGCUGUCCUGUUUCUCAGAGUGGUUUCAUCUGCGAGAACCCCGACAGAGGAUAUCAGGGCUGCUUUCGUCUCCUUUUCAUCAACAACCAUCCGGUCAACUUUCUUCAAGUUCAACAGGAAAGCUUGGCCAACUUCAGUCAGAUUAGCUUUGACGUUUGCAACAUUCAAGACAGGUGUUUGCCUAAUCUUUGUGAACAUGGUGGUCAGUGCAUCCAAUCAUGGGAGCAGUUUUACUGUGACUGUACUGGAACAGGAUACAACGGAGCCACCUGCCACAACUCAAUAUAUGAGCGAUCCUGUGAGGCCUUCAGGAAAACAGGAAGCCAGUCGGGGGUGUUUACAAUCGACCUUGACGGCAGCGGUCCGCUAGAGCACACUCAAGUCAACUGCACUGUGGCAGAAGACAAAGUCUGGACAGUGGUGGGUCACGAUCACAUGAGGCCCAUAGAAAUUCAAGGAUCCACUCCACGCAGCCCUUUCGCUUUCAUCUUCAACUACACCAUAUCACAGUACCACCUCCGUUCCCUUGUGGCAUCCUCAGAACACUGCCAACAGGAAGUGAAAUAUCUCUGCAGGAAGUCACGGCUUUUCGACAACUGGGAUGGAACACCCCUGUCUUGGUGGUUGGAUAGAGAUGGUGUGAAGAGGACAUAUUGGGGGGGAUAUUUGCCCGGGGUCCAGCAGUGCUCCUGUAGCUUGGAUGGUAACUGCAGAGACAUGAAUUAUUUCUGCAACUGCGAUGCAGACCAAGACACCUGGGCAAAUGAUACCGGCGUACUGUCGUACAAAGACCAUUUACCCCUGAGUGAGAUCGCCAUUGGAGACACAAACAGGACAAGCUCGCAGGCCGUGCUCCAAAUUGGACCGCUGCGUUGCUAUGGCGACCGGUUCUUUUGGAACUCUGCGUCUUUUUACCAGGAAUCUUCAUAUCUACACUUCCCAACUCUCCAAGCUGAACUCAGCGUUGAUAUCUCACUCUUUUUCAAAACCAGUGCUCUCUCAGGGGUCUUCUUGGAAAAUUUAGGAGUCCGAGACUUUGUUAGACUGGAACUUAGUUCUCCCUCAACAGUGAACUUCACCUUUGAAUUGGGGGAUGGACCGGUAAUUCUCACUGUUCGCUCACCUGUGGCCUUAAAUGAUCGUCAGUGGCAUUAUGUUCGUGUCGAGCGAAACGUGAGAGAAGCUUCUCUACAGGUUGACACGCUCCCUAUGGAACUAAAAGAAGCACCAUCUGAAAGACCUUACCGGCUUCAGCUCAGCAGCCAGCUCUUUGUGGGUGGAACAGCUUCUAGACAGUGGGGAUUUCUGGGUUGCUUGCGUGCCCUCACCAUCAAUGGCGUUACACUUGACCUUUAUGAGCGAGCAAAGACCACCCCCGGGGUUAAUUCAGGCUGUCCAGGUCACUGCAGCAGUGACAGCGCCUGCCAUAAUGGAGGAAGAUGUGUAGAGGAAAGAAGUGGAUAUGCCUGCGACUGCACGCAGACGGCAUUUGAUGGACCAAACUGCAGAACAGCUCUGGCAGCAUCCUUUGAAAGUGGAUCCACGGUCUUGUACACUCUCCAGGAGCCAUUUUCCGGAAUACUGAAUGAGGAAGCCAGACGAUCUCCAGCUGGAGUCCAUGACACAGAAGUUACCAUCUCUCAAGAGGAAGUUUCGUUCGGGUUCCUGACGCAUCAUGCGCCAGCCUCAAUCCUGAUGGCUCACACUCUUGACCUGCACUAUAUGGCUGUUAUGUUAGCCUCAAACGGAAGCCUGCAAAUACGAUACAAGAUGAACCAGGAAAAAGGUCCAGAAGUGUUCAGUCCAAAAUCAGCCGGUCUAGCAGAUGGGAGGUUCCACUGGGUCAAAAUCAACCGCAGAGGACAGGAACUUCUUGUCCAGAUUGACAACACAAUAACCCAGCAGUACAGUCUGUCUCCCAGCCCCGCUCUCAGCCCAGUAAGGACAGUGAUUCUGGGGAGAAUUCAAGGUGGUGAUGUUACUGAUAAGGCAUUGGUCCAGGCUGGAUCGAGAGGGUUUAUUGGAUGCUUUUCCUCUGUGCAAUUUAAUCAGGCUUACCCACUGAAGGAAGCCCUACAAAACAGCCAAAGCCCGUUAGUUACUGUGAUCGGCCGUCUGGAAGCAUCAAGUUGUGGGACGAUAUCCAGCCCAAACACUUUGACAGAUACACACACACUGUCAGAUGAUUCAGCAAAAUCAAGCAGAGGCAAUGGCCUGCUGAAGAAGGCAGAUCAAAAUGACUUGGCACUAAUCGGAGGACUAGUGGCUGCAGUAGUGUUCAUAACCCUCUGUGCGCUGGCCGUAAUCAUACGCUUCCUGUACCGACACCGACAGACUCCACCUCCCUCUGUUAUCACGGGAAAAAUGCACCGUCCAAGCAUGGAGCGCUCACCAUACCGGACUGAACUAGACCUUCAUAAACCCCACCACGACAGCAAAGAAUACUACAUUUGACCUCUCUGUGCAUUUUAAACACACGCAUCAACCUUCGGCACUGUAUCAUCACCGCUGAGCAGCCAAUCAGAAGCCGUUUUGUUCUAGCAGGUGUGAUGUCCUGACAGAGGCCGGCUGCCUCAUAGAGAUUACUUUCAUGGGUGGGGUACACAAAAUUACUGAAACAUUCGUUUGUGUUUUAUGAAGAAAGUAACGCUUGUGUGAAAAUGGUAUGUAAAUGCCUCUUGGAUGAUCGUAGAGCUGUAUAUUGUCAUUUAAAGGCAUAAUAGUAGGUUAAACAUGCACAGCACACACUUUACAAGCACAGCGGGAGGGUUGACGCAUCACUCUGAAUGGUCUUUCCCAACCUGCUCAAACGUGUCUAUCUUAUAGCCCGGGAUACGGAGUGGGUUUAAGAUAAUGGACUGAUAUCCCAGCAGAGAAGGUUCUGAGGGAGUGGUUUUGCGGCAGGAUGGUGGACCUUCCCAGACAUUCUUUUUAAAGGAUCCAUCAUCGCUCCGUGUUCUCCCUCCACCUCCCCAACAAAAAGACGUUUGCAUCUGACAAGACUGCAUUUGAUGUUGAAACUAUUGACUGGCACGAGGAGCUGCUAAAUGCUGGGAUUAGCAGCCAAAGGACUAUAAGCAUAUAUCUGUAGCGACUGAGGGAAUAGAAUGUGAGUCAUUUGUGUGUAUCCCAAUUACCAAGGACCAACUAGAUUCAGGCAAUUUAAUUCUCUUUCCCACCACAAUCGAGCCGGUCUCGCAACUCAGCGUACGCAUUGUGAUCCAGAAUGAAACUCCUCCUUACUGAAGUGCAUUUCAACUCCUGACAAAACAAAAACACCUGCUUUUUAUUAAGAAUGAAUUCGAUGGCUGUUUUCUUUUCUAUAUGACUAUUGUAAAUGAGUGUUGUACAUAUGUUUCAUAAUUAUAUUUAAUAAAUGAAGCUUUCUAAGA